UGCAUUCCUGCGGGAUGAAGAGGAAGAAAUUUAGGCCUCACUGCCCCAGGGACCUCAGCAACCACAUUCUCAGUUAUUGGGAAAUUUCCGACUCGGCAGCUACCUUUAACUCACUGACGUAAAUUAAGUCAUCAGUAGGCACCUACUCUCUGUCGGACACAGGGCAGGGAAUUUCGUGGAGCCUGGCCCACCUGGAGGGCUAAGGGUUUGUGUUUUGAAUAAUAGACGGGGAAUGCGGGGGCUGGGGAUUUAGCUCAGCGGCAUAAGCACCUGCCUUGCAAGCAGGCGGUCGUGAGUUCCAUCCCGGUACCGAUAAAAAUGAAAAAGACACACACACAAAAAACAUCAUAAUAUCUAUUAUAUAUUUUCACUGACAUACUGUUAUCAAUACAGAUCAACCCCACCCUCUCAGUCCACUUUAGUUAAAAAUGAUGAGAAGUCAAAUUGACAUUUACACAUAGAACACUGACAACUAUGCUCAAAUUCUCAGUAUAGCUGGGCGUGGUGGCUCAUGCCUGUAAUCCCAGCACUUGGGAGGCUGAGGCAGGAGGAUCAUUGAGAGUUCAAGACCACUGGGCUACAAGUGAGCUCAAGGCCAGCCUGAACUGCAUAGCGAGACCCUGUCUCAAAAAGACACACACACACACACACACACACACACACACACACACAAUUCUCUAGUAUAUAAAAUCACCUUUAAUCUACAUUUAGUUUUCUGCACUCAAAUCGUAUUUGGGGAGUUGGAGGUGUAGCUAAAUGGUACAGCAACACAAUUCUGAGUCUCAGCACACACACACAUCUAGAAUGCAUGACUCUGCUCUCAAUAUUGUCACCUCAGGAAAAGGGCAAGAACCUCAUUACAUGUCUCUGCUACAUAGCUGCUAAAGAAAAUCUGAUGACAUGAUUACCUCAUACCUCCCUCCAGUGGUUUCCUAUUCCAUUUAAAAUACUGUCCUGAGUCAAAAUAAUCUUUCACACGCACACCUUUUUUUUUUUUGAGAGAGAGAGGGUUUCAGUACAUAAUUCAAAUUGGCCUUAAACCAUGUAACUCUGACUCACUUGCAGUUCACAGCAAUCUUCCUGCUUUAGCUUCCCCAAUGCUGGGAUUACGGGUUUGCACCACGCCCAGGCAAACCUUUGCUCCUUUAAAAGUAAAAUAAAAACAUUGUUUGACUAGCUGGGGAUUUAGCUCCAUGGCAUAAACACUUGCCUGGCAAGUGCAAGGUCAAGAGUUUGAUUCCCUGUACCAAAAAAAAAAGAAAAAGAAAAACAUUGUCCAAAUUCCUUCUUAGAUCCUGCAAGACCCCACGUAAUCUGGCCCUUGCCAAUUUAUCUCACUUCCUUCACUCCCUCCUUUCAACCCGAUGUUCUGUUCUGUUUAAACCAGUCAGCAUUUUGGGAUGCUAAGAGUAGGCUCUCAAUUCCAGACUAACAUGGACAAUUUACUGACUUCCCAAGACCUUGUGUUUAAAAAAAAAAAAAAAAAAAGAUCUAGGGAUAUAGAUCAGUGAGCUCUUGGGUUCAAUUCUCAAUACUGCAAAGUAUUAAAAUGAAUGGCAUCAUCAAGCACUAGGUACCUGUAAUACUAUUCAGGAAACUGAGGCAGGAGGCUCACUUGAGCCUAGGAUUUGAAGCAUCUUGGAUAACAUAGGGAGAUCACCCCAUCAAAACAAAACAAAAUUUUGGUCGUGGUGACAAAAGCCUAUAAUCCCAACACUCUGGAAAGCCAAAGCAGAAGAAUCACAAAUUUGAGCCCAGCCUGGGCAAUUUAGCGACUUAGUGAAACCCUUCCUCAAAAAAAAACAAAAAGGGCUGGGUAUGUAGCUCAGUACGAAGCACAGAGUUCAAUACCCAGUACCAGGAAAAAAAGAAUGCUUAUCAGGUGGGUAUCAUCUGAAAUUUACAGAUAAAAACGGAAUGUGGACUAGAUUCUACAUUUGCUCAGCCUUACGUUUUGGUAAAGGUGCCCGGAGAGCCGGAAUUUGCAACCAGGACCGCACACGCAGUGAACGGCAGUAGGGCUAGAACUACAACUCCCGUGAGCCUCUGCGGUACUGUCGCGAGAGUUAUCUUAAAUGUGGUGGCGGGAACCGGUUGCGUACAGCUGACAUGGCAGUUAGAAGAGUGGAAGAGAGGAUGGCGAACAGCUACAGCCCGGACAGCGAUUCCACUACACGUACGCUGUUGCGCCGCGUGCUAGAUACGGCCGACUUCUGCACCCCGCGGAGACGCCGGAGUGCUCGGAUUAGUGCCCAGAGAGCCCUGCUUGAAACACCUUCCUCCAGGAGGCAGAGUACCCAAACAAAGGUGACUGCCAGGCAGCAUUUUCAUGGAGCCAGAUCUACUGGCAGAUUGGUUCCUGGUCAAGCCAGUGGACACCUGGAGGAACAGACGCCCAGGACUCUACUGAAGAACAUCCUACUAACUGCUCCACAAUCUUCUAUCGUGAUGCCUCAGGUGAUGAUGAAGCCAACACCAGCACCACAAGUCCAGCCCUCCAGACGGGAAAGCAGUCAGGGCAGCUUAGAACUGCGGCUUCCUGAACUUGAGUCCCCCCCAACCCUGGGUCCAGUUCUGCUGGGCUCUGGCAGGAGGAAACAGAGACUGAGAUUGUCAAUGUUUCAGCAGGAAGUGGACCAGGAGCCCCAGGAGCUGCCUAUCUCCCAAGAGCCUCCUGGGAAUCCUGAUGCCUCAUCCCUUACCAGCUCUUUCAAGCUGACCUUUGCCACACCUCUUCAGCCACAGUCAGUGAAGAGACCUGGCUUGGCCCGCAAACCUCCCCCACGCCGCGCUAUAGAUGUGGGUGCCCUAUUGCAGGAUCUGCGAGAUAAUUCCUCGGCCCCAGCUCCUCUAGGUGACAGCCUCAGAAUUCCUGUUGCUACUCUACUAACAGACACUGUGUUAGAGGAUACACAGCCUUUCUCACACCCCUUGGUUGACCACUCUGCCAGUGUGUAUCACUCCCUGCCACAUCCUCACCCUGGGCCUGAAGAUGCUGAGAGGGCUGUGCGUCACAGGACACAGAACAGCUCGCCAGAGCUGCAAAACCACAGGCUGCCACCUGAGCGUGCUGCUCCUCCAGAGGUGACAGAAGCAGUGACAUUCCAGAGGGCAGUGGAGCCUGAGGAGCAAGAAAGAUCCUCAGAGUAUGAGAUCAUCUCUGACAGGCCAGGUAAAAGGCCGAGUGUGAACAGAUCGCAGAGGGCAGUGGAGCCAGAAAAAUCUUCAGAGGAUGAGGACAUGUCUGACAGGCCAGCUAAAAGGCCAAGUGUGAACAGAUCCCAGAGGGCAGUGGAGCCAGAAAGAUCUUCAGAGGACAAGGACAUCUCUGGCAGGCCAGCUAAAAGGCCAAGUGUGAACAGAUCCCAGAGGGCUGUGGAGCCAGAAAGAUCUUCAGAGGACGAGGACAUCUCUGACAGGCCAGGUAAACGGCCGAGUGUGAACAGAUCCCAGAGGGCUGUGGAGCCAGAAAGAUCUUUAGAGGACGAGGACAUCUCUGGCAGGCCAGGUAAAAGGCGGAGUGUGAACAGAUCCCAGGGGGCUGUGGAGCCAGAAAGAUCUUCAGAGGAUGAGGACAUUUCUGACAGGCCAGGUAAACGGCCAAGUGUGAACAGAUCCCAGAGGGCAUUGAGGCCUGAGGAACCAGAAAGAUCUUCAGAGGAUGAGGACAUCUCUUACAGGCCAGGUAAACAGCCGGGUGUGAACAGAUCUCAGAGGCCUGUGGAGCCAGAAAGAUCUUCAGAGGACGAGGACAUCUCUGACAGGCCAGGUAAACGGCCGAGUGUGAACAGAUCCCAGAGGGCUGUGGAGCCAGAAAGAUCUUUAGAGGACGAGGACAUCUCUGGCAGGCCAGGUAAACAGCCGGGUGUGAACAGAUCUCAGAGGCCUGUGGAGCCAGAAAGAUCUUCAGAGGAUGAGGACAUUUCUGACAGGCCAGCUAAAAGGCCAAGUGUGAACAGAUCCCAGAGGGCUGUGGAGCCAGAAAGAUCUUCAGAGGACGAGGACAUCUCUUACAGGCCAGGUAAACAGCCGGGUGUGAACAGAUCUCAGAGGCCUGUGGAGCCAGAAAGAUCUUCAGAGGAUGAGGACAUUUCUGACAGGCCAGCUAAAAGGCCAAGUGUGAACAGAUCCCAGAGGGCUGUGGAGCCAGAAAGAUCUUCAGAGGAUGAGGACAUCUCUGACAGGCCAGCUAAAAGGCCAAGUGUGAACAGAUCCCAGAGGGCUGUGGAGCCAGAAAGAUCUUCAGAGGAUGAGGACAUUUCUGACAGGCCAGGUAAACGGCCGAGUGUGAACAGAUCCCAGAGGGCUGUGGAGCCAGAAAGAUCUUUAGAGGACGAGGACAUCUCUGGCAGGCCAGGUAAAAGGUGGAGUGUGAACAGAUCCCAGGGGGCUGUGGAGCCAGAAAGAUCUUCAGAGGAUGAAGACAUUUCUGACAGGCCAGGUAAACGGCCGAGUGUGAACAGAUCCCAGAGGGCAUUGAGGCCUGAGGAACCAGAAAGAUCUUCAGAGGACGAGGACAUCUCUGAUAGGCCAGCAAGCUCAGAAUUGGCCUCCAACAUCCCUGAGUUUCUUCAGGCUGAACAACUGGAUCAGUUUCCUGAGCCAGCUUCACCGCCUGGUGUCGGAGUCUUGUCUGCAGAGCCUCCAGAGCCUGUGUUGGCCAGACUUCCCUCAAGGCCCCGAACUGCUGGUUCCAGACCCCAUCAAGAUCCCCAUAAAGCUGGAAUAAGCUACUAUACAAAACUCUUCAGCUUCUAUGCUAAGAUGCCUAUGGAGAGGAAGGCUCUUGAGGUGGUGGAGAAGUGCCUGGAUAAGUAUUUGCAGCACCUGUGCAAUGACCUGGACGUAUUUGCUGCUCAUGCUGGUCGCAAGACUGUGAAGCCAGCGGACCUAGAGCUGUUGAUGCGACGGCAGGGCCUGGUCACUGACCAAGUCUCACUGCACGUGCUUGUGGAGCAGCACCUGCCCCUGGAGUAUCGGCAGCUACUCAUCCCCUGUGCAUUCAGUGGCAAUUCUGUCUUCCCUGCCCGGUAGUGGCCAGGUCUCGACGCUUGUGUAUCCCCACCUGGGACCUCUUAGUCCCAUCUAAUUCUUUGAGGUCUCUACCUCACCUCCUACUAUCAAUAAACUGUCACAAACAGAA